UCAUCGUUUUUUUCAAUUCCCUAAUCGCAGUCGUCGCCAGUUAGGUCCACUUCACAACCGAAUUUAUUAAUAUACAAGUGAAAUUCGAUUUUGUUUUUUAUUUCUAAUCAUUUAUAAUAAUUCUCUCUCGUUCAGUAAUAUUUGAAAAAAAUAAAACUAAUUUAAAUCUACAAAUAAAUAAAUACAUAAUUUUUUAAGAAAAAAAAAAAGACUCCAAAUUGCAAGCUUACAUAAUGACGUAGUCAAAUUAAAAAAAAAAAAAAAAGUGCAGCAAUUAUAUUUUUUUCAAGCUUUUUUUUCUUCAUUCUACCCUAAAACGAGUACAAUCGUAUUGGAAUUAACUUGCUAUCGCAUGGAAAAUCGAUAAAAACCAAUUAAAAAUCCGUCGCCUUUCUCUCUGUAUCUCUCCAAAACUCUCAAAGCAAGCAAACUCUAUUUUUUUUUUAUGAAAAAAUAAUAAAUUUAAAUUUUUUAUUUUUGUUCUCGUGAAAUUACGUGAUCUUCUCUGCGAACAAACAAAAACGAAAUUUAAAAAAAAGAUUGUUGAGUUUUAUUAUUUUUUUUUUUCUUUCUAUCUACACUCUGUGCGUGCGUGUGUGUGUGCGUGUGUAAGUUUGGGUGUGCGGAAUUGAUGAAGAGAGAGCCCGUCAAGCAGGAGCUCUAAGCUGCUGAACCUGAAGCUGCUGCUGAGCUGACGACGAGUUGAAGAAGUGACGAUCCAACAAACGUUUUUUUUUUUUUUCUUUUGGGUGGUGACUUGUUUUUAUUGUUUCUUUCUUAUUUUUUUGAUUGUUUGUUAAUUGUUUAACGUCGUUAUACUCUGUGACUCUUGGCUCACUGAUUGACUCUUUUUUUGAUAUAUAUUUUGCACUUUCUGCUGCGGUCGGUUGUUUCGAUCGCUGGAAUUUUGUUGUGUCGCGUCACACUUUUUUUUGUUAUAAAAUCAAAAAAAAAAAAAAAUCAUUUAAAAAGAUGGAUAAAUCAUCAGGUAAUAGCGAUUCGCGUGAUAUGACCAUUGGGUGUGGCCCAUCAUCAACAACAUCAACCACUUCGCUCUCCACAGCUCUAUCAUCGUCGUCGUCCUCUUCAAAAUCAGCAACUUCAUCGCCGCCUUCGUCAUCAUCAAAUCCAGCAGCAACGAUGGCAAAAUCAUCAUCGUCGUCGUCGUCAUUGUCAUUACCGCCUCCGCCACCUCCGCCGCCUAUAACAUUGAAUAUAACAACGACAACUGGUGGGAGUUUUACCGUUGUCGUUGAAGUUACCAAUUCUGUAGAGAAUCUAAAGAAAAUCAUUGCAAAGAAAUUAAAAGUUGCCAAGGAUCGCAUUUGUUUGCUGCAUCGAGAAAAAGAACUACAGGAUGGAUCACUCAAAGACAAUGGAUUAAUGGAUGGCUCUAAGAUCAUCCUAAUACCUAAUGUUGAAACCGGAUUGCUAGCACAACGUCCGGAAAAUACAGUAAUGCAAGCACUUGAAUCACUAAAUGAUUCACAAGUUAAUGAUUUUCUAAGUGGCAAAACGCCCCUUAAUCUAAGUAUGCGCCUCGGCGAUCACAUGAUGCUAAUACAAUUGCAAUUGAGCACGGUUAAUCCAGCAAGUCCUUCGUCCAGCAGCACGAGCCGAUCCCGAUCCAGUCAACGAAGUAGCCGUUCUUCAUCUCACCAAAAUCAAAGUACAUCAAGCACCAACAGCAGCAAUGUUAGCAGCAUUCAUACCCACCAUCACCACCAUUCGUCAGUGGCUAGAAAAUUAAAUGUAGAUGCUGCUUCAGGGCCAGUUACUGCUGCAUCCAAUGCAGUUGCAGAUAAUUCAGCAUCAACAUUAGCAACAACACCCGAAUCAACAGCAACAACAACGCGUAUGUCAACGUCAAGUAUGCAACAGGGAAGCAAUUCAACCUCAACACAAGUUAGAGCCUCUAGUGGAAGAGACUUGAGUUCAUUUCUAACAAAACGAGAUUUCGAAAGUCUACAAAAUAUUGUUAAGAGCAUAUCUAUGGGUCACCAUCCUGCACAUGCCUCAACAUCAACAUCCUCUAAUACAACUUCUUCAACUUCGAUGGAAGUUGCGAAUGGAGCUAGCGAGGCAAAAUCAGCUAAAUGUUGUGUCGCAACUCCAGCUGCAUCAACUUCAUACGCACUUAUGGAGCAAUCCCCUAUUAAAUCUCUAUCUAAUUUGGUUUCCAGUCCCAUUAAGACAACCUCAAUCAAGAACAUUCCUAUAAGCAGCCAUCCGAAGUACACAUCUGAGUUGCUAAAUGGAUCUUCGUCGUCAUCGUCGUCAACAAGUAAAGCAGUCACCAGCAAUUCAUCGUCUUGUGCAGACCCAAUUUCGGCGAAACUAACAUCUUGCCUCUGCACUCGAUUGAAUAAUAGCAGCAAGAAUUGUGAAGUCAAUCCUUGUCAGUCACGCAGUGAAAAUUCUUCAGUUGAUUUUGCCACCGACCGCACCCUGACAACCAGUACACCAAACCACAAGUCGAAUACCAAUAGUCAGUCGUCAUCAUCGGUAUCACCUACAUCUGCUCAAUCAGUACUUUCGACGGCAUUACUGCACAAAACUGCGAAUAAUCCUAUUGGCCGCAAACAUCGGCAUCAUCAUCACCAUCAUCACCACCACCAUCAUCAUCAUUACCAUCAACAUAGCAGCAGCAGUAACGGUAGCAGUUCAACUGCCCGUAAAAGCCUACCCGCUGAAGAUAAUAACACAUCUUCUUCAAUAGAUAAGAUCAGUUCGGUUGUCGAAUCCAAUGAUAGUGCAUUGUCUCUUUCAACAAAUUCUUCAAUUGCAUCAAAUUCACAAGAGAAUAGCAGCAGUGCAAGCGAUUCUUCUUCAACUGCUCCACCGACGACGUCUGUCGAAUUGGAUGAUUCUGGAAUCACCGUUACAGACACUCGCACACUUGCAGAAGCAUCUAGAAAUUUAACUCAAACACUUCGCAAACUUUCCAAGGAAGUUUUUACAAAUAAAAUUGAUCUUAGCAGUGAAGAGAUUGCAAGGAAAAGCAGCUCUGGAGCAGUUAUUGAAUCGAUGAAAAACCAUGGAAAGGGUAUUUAUUCGGGAACAUUUUCAGGCACUUUGAAUCCGGCAUUGCAGGACAGAUACGGGCGUCCAAAACGUGACAUAUCUACAGUCAUUCAUAUUUUAAAUGAUUUGCUUAGUGCGACACCUCAAUAUAGUAGAGGAGCUAGAAUAAGUUUUGAAGCACCAUCAACAUCUUCAAAAAGCAAGCAGUCGUCUUCAUCAAGCAAGCCACAAACUUCAUCAGCGUCCUCAGAAUCGACCUGUACAAAAUGUUCGGGCAGCAACACAUGUGUAUAUGGAGAGUGCUCUGGUCACUACUCUUCAAAAUCUUCAACUCCCAGCACCAAAACGGAAAAAAAUUCAACCAUGUGCGAAUGCACCGAUCUCUCCCCACCAACCACUAGCGGAGCUCGAUGUUCCUCACACGACUGUCCAGCAGAAGGUGACGAACGUAAUCUAUGCAAAUGUCGCUAUCUUUACCCAGCCGGACGUCCUCGUGGACAAAUGUGUCUGAAAUGUGCAACCGACAUGGUUAACAACAAAACUAAAUUCAAGUUGGACCAGUUGCGACUAGUCAUGCAACAGCGCAAACAAAAGCGAGAAGCUCGAAAGCUCAAAGGAGCACCCUAUGGAGCUCGUGUGGUAACAUCAGGCCCUGCAGCAGCGGGUGCUUCCACCACCACAGCCAGCACAAUUGCCCCACUCGCAUCACCCAGUGAAGUAUCGCCAGCCCAUAUAGUUGAGGAGGUAGAUACAGCCGCUUGAUCAUAGACAAGUGGUUUAAUUAAAGUAGUCUAAGAAAAAAAAAAAUAUUUCAGUUUUUGUACAAAUCUGGGGGAAACACGGAAACGGAAAAUAAGGGAACGGAAAGGGUUAUCCAAUAAAUAUAGAAAAUAACUUUGAAUUGAAAAAAAAUUUAUAUAAGUAACUAUUAAUAAUUAUUAUUGUUGAUUUCCAUUUACACGCGUGUACACACAAAUAUUUGUUAAUGGUUUAAUUUUCCUAUUUUUUUGUAGCAAAAAUAACAAUUUACAUAUGUAAUAAUAAUGUUUCCAGAGCCUAGUUGUGAACUUUUUGUCUAUCCUUGCAUUUAAAAAAAAUUAUUAUUAUUUUUUUUUUUUAAUUUUUCAUUAAAUUUAUUAUUAUAUAUUAAAAUUUAAUUAGUUGUUGUAUCAAUUUUGGACUUAAAAAGCGUUACAUCGUCAAGUCUAUUUUGUUUGUUUAAGUGCACUUUUAUUUUAUUUGUCUGUGUUCAAAAUAAGUUGUGUUAAAAAUUAUAUAUUCUAUACAAAAAAAAAUAUUUUUCCUUGUUUUAUAAUUUAUAAUAAUAAUUAAUUAAUCUAUUGUUUUUUUUCUUCUUUUUUGUUUAAAAAUAUACAUCUUCAUUGACCUCAGCAAAAAAUUGAGUUGAAAUUAUUUUACCUAUUAGUAGUUAAUGUUUUAUUAUUUUUUUUUUUACAUAUAAAUUUUGAAUAUUAUUCAUUGAAUUAUUGUUAAUGAGAUUUCAAUAUAAUUUUUUUGAGUAAAAAAAGAAACAACAACCACCAGCAACAUCAACACCACCACAUUCUUACUUAGGUUUUAUACAUAUAAUUAAUUACAAUUAUUUUUUCUUUCUUGUUAAUUUGUUAUGUAAUAACAGAACUAUGCAUAAAUAAAUAUAAAACAUUUUUUUCAUAUAAA